AUGGUAGAAGCUCAAACAGCACCAACACCUCUAGCUCCAUUGCUUCUUCGUAACAUCUUGUUACCCUUAUUCAUCUACAGCGAUAAAACCUUGAUAAACUUAUCCCACAAAUUCAAACUAUUCCAUAUCAUCCGUUAUACUCUAAUCACCGCCUUCCUGUUCUUCCUCAAAGUCAUCCCCUCCUUCAUCUCUUAUUCUCUUCACCCCAAUCAAAAUCAAAAUCAAAAUCACAACGCCGAUUCCGAAUUGGAUUCCGAUUCUGGUACUCAUCCAUGGGUUCCAUUUUUAAAGGGUAAUGACGCCGCCGAUGGUAGCUUAGUGGAUGAAACGUGCAUAGCGCGUGCACUGACGCAGUUGCUCGCUAUAAUCAACGAAAUACCCGUUCUCUCCGCCGCGUUUUCACGGGCACUUCAACAACUGCAAUCGGCGGCGGUGGCGGCGUCGAAGUAUGAUAUUGAGAAAAAUACAGCCACCGGUGGAGAUGUAACGAAAAAGGGCGGUGGCUACUUUGGGUUGAACCGGGUGAUCAAAACGGUUGGCCAUUACGGCGAUUUUGCUUGGACUCAGUUCACGAAACCGAAAACGCGGUUGCGGGUUUCGGCUGAGAAGUUGUCAGCUGAGUUGCUUUGGCUGGCGGAGAAACUAGUGGCGUGUGGAAGCGCCGAUGAAGCUGUGCGGCAAUGGGCUUCGGCUUCUAAGUUGGCUUGUGUGGCUCUCUCGGCUCAGCAGCGGCUACAAGGUUCGUUGGUCAAACUUUCAGUGUACUUGUUUAAGGAGGCAGUAUCUAUGGGUGUUCAAGAUGAUGACAUGGAGGAAUCAAGGAAAGCAAAACGAAGUUAUUAAUGUCAUGGCUACCAUUUUUGUGUCGAGCGACAAUUGGUGUAGAAGCACCUGUAUUAACCUUCAAUGAAAAAGCCGAGCUUGAAAACAUGUUAGGAAAGCUAAUUGAGUCCUUAAAACAUGAACAAGAACAAGAAAAAGUAUUGUCUUUAUGGCUCCACCAUUACGCUCAUUGUCCAUCUUCCGAUUGGCCUAACCUCCAUCACUACUAUGAUCGUUGGUGCACUGCUUCCCGCAACCUCUUCGUCCUCCAAGGCAAACAAGAAAAAUGACAUGUUCACUGAAGUGAAUUUGGUGCUAUAAACCAUUAAUUAUUAUUUUUUAUUGAAAGACCAUGGUUAUCAGAAAAUCAAGAUGCACAAUAUAUUUCAUCGAAGAAUGUGCAUGUAUAUAUUUUAAUUCAUUCUACUCUCAUCUUUUUCUUGUAAGAUGUGGAUUUUGGUGUGUGUAUAUAUAUAACUUAUGGC